UCUACUUUACCGUGCUAGCCCACUAGUGGUGCUGCCUGGCUGCUACCGUCACCGGCUGCGCUACCCUCUUUUUUUUGGUCGUUGGUGGACUUGAAUCGGCCCAUUCUUGUCCGUUCCCGUCGCAAGCCCCACGGCCGUUUCUGUAGUUCGAUUGUCUGCGCCGCACCGCACCGCGGAUUCUUCCUGUUGCUUGGCCUUGCGCCGUAGCACCAGCAGCCUGCUUUGGUUUAGCCCUGUGACAGAGAAAAGGUUCCGCUGCAGUCGGCAAACUCUGGGAGGCUAGCAGUCCCGCGUCCCACCCUGUGCAAAGAGAGAGCACUUGCUCAGAAGAGGGAAGGGAGGGACAAAAUGCUGUUGAAAGCAGAAAGCUAGCUGUCACCCUCCCCCCCUCCUCUCUCUUGCCUCCCACCCUACCUGAAUUCCUUAAAAAGUAACACGGUUGGAUUAAGUGGAAGAAGCCGUGUUGAGAUCGACCCUCUUUUUUUCAGUUAGAGAAAAGCGACAAGAGUGACUACUUGACCAGUCCAGACAAAAACCUGGUUCCGUUUCGGGGAGACACCGUACCUGCCCCCCAAGCAUUAGACGGAUCGAGUACAAGUCCCCUCUCCCCUCCCAUCCGCUCCCGCAUCGUAUCAAAUACCCCUUCCAUCGCUCUUCUUGUACUUUUAACUUUCUGGUACCUCAACCUUACACCAAACUUUCUUCCUCCAUUUUAUUGUCUUUGAUUUCUUCAUCACGCAUCGCAGGAGAUGCACUUUUAACAUUCAUCCUUGCAGCAAAGUAUCUCUACUUCAGCGGGUCCUCCCAAGGCAGACAGACUGCUACAUCUUUGCACCAGUCUUUUCACUGCCACCAUUGUUCAAUCUUUUAACCCUCUCCAUUCAUUGUUUCUCGUCCCCUUCUUCUUCCUCUUAUUUUUCUCCAGCUCCAGCCCUCUUCAAACGUAUCAAGCACGCUACUCUUCAACGCGUACUUGACGAGCCCUCCUCUUAUUGCCAAUCUACACAUUGUCUUCGAGCGUCUUCUUUGUCAAGAACUCUUAAAGUCAUUUCACCGCAAGCUUCCGAGGCAAAUCCUCAAAGUUAACAUUGCCUUUUGCAAUCUUGCAACGCAAAAAAGACAUCACCACUUCCUCUCAGCAUGUCUUCUCAGUCCAGGACGCUGCAGCCAACGUUCAAAGGCUAUAUAGGUACCACGCUAGACGCCCUGGUCCUCUUUGAAGCCUGUCUUGCCGGUAAGCUUGAUCAUGUCGCCAGACGACCUCACGACCGUGAGAGACAGGACCUCAUCAAGAGUGGCAACAUUUUCAUUUACGAGGAGCAUUCUUCCGGAAUAAAGCGCUGGACUGAUGGUGUUUCCUGGAGCCCUAGCCGCAUUCUUGGCAACUUCCUCAUCUAUAGAGAGCUUGAUAAGCCUUUUCCUCCGGGGGAGAAGAAGCGGGCUCUCAAGAAGAACAAGAAGAUCCCUCAAGGCAUUGUGAAGCCAGAGGAUCAACUUCCAAUGAUGGGCGGUAUGGAAAUGGAUUCUCUUAACGCAAGGCAAGCUGCUGAACGAGCGCUUAUCGGAUCCCUCGUUGACUCGUAUGCUUUCAAAGAAGAUGGCCUUGUGAAGAAAACCAUCAGCGUCACCCAUGGAGGUGUAUCUCACCAUAUGGUGAGCUACUACAAUGUUCGCGAUGUUUUGGAGGGAACACUCGCCCACCCCACCAAGACCCCAGGUCUGGAAGACUGUGUCCCUCGACCAGAAUUAAUCAUGUCCCAGAACUUUAGAGCUCCUGUAGAGGAGUCGGAGAUGGGAUCCUUUGAUGCAGGCCAGCAGUCCAUGCUUGCAUCCUUCUCCUCCAUGGGAUCCGGAACCAAUCCUGUGCAUCUUAACAUGAUGAGGGAACAGGCAGCGCAUCGUCAUCGGGGCUCACAAGAUAUGCAUAGCCAUCCGAUGAUGGCGCCUCACCUUCAACAGCCUGUCCUCCCUCAUCCUAUCCAUCACGCUCAGCACCAUGAGCAACAUGAAUCAAGCUUUCAUCCUUCCCAUGCUCACAAUAGCCUACAAGGGCCAGGGUCUAACCCAGCUUACUCCUUUGGUCCUCAUAACAUGCCACAGCAGCCGGGACAAGCGCAACUACCUCCACCAAUGCAGCACAUGGGAACCUUUGUGCAACACCCGACUCCGUUUAACAUGGAGCCUCGCCAAUACCAUACUCAUGAGCCAUCUCGAGCUUCUGAGUGGCCUUAUGAGACGUCCGAGACUACCGCUGAUGAUCAGUACUUUGUUGGGAGCCAAGCUGCCUUUGGCACGACCCCCAACUACUGGAGCACCUCAGCGAAUGGCAUGUAAGGUUGGUCCAGUGUUGCAGGCAACACUGCGCAGCCACGGACUACUUCUUUUUCUGUCUUCUUGUACACACUUUGCCUGGGGUCUUUUUGGGUUGCUUUCUGGUUGCUUUUUUCAUUGGGGGUUUUUGUUUGUUAGAACUCUUGCCUCACGGCAUCUCUUGUUUCCAAAACGGAGUCUACGUAAUGUAAAGAUACCAAGGCUAGGGUUAAAUGGAGUUUUCUUUUCCUUAUUUAAUUUUAUAUUCUCAUCUUUUGUCUCUCGUAUAAAACACUAUAUACUGUGCAAAGUAUCCCAUAUGAAUUUUAUAAUCUAUUUUCCU